AUGAGUACAAACCUUCGUCUAAAAUUAAAAGAAUUAAAUAAACAAAAAGAACAAUAUGAUCAUGAGGAUCAAAAUACUGAUGUUCAAAAAUCUUUACCUACAACACCAAUACAAUUAAAAAAAGCUCCUUUAAAACAUCAAAUUCUUCAUCCAAAAUCAUUAAAUACAAAUAAUCCAGAUAUAACACUAACAACCGAAGAACUUCAUCGACGAGAACAAGAAUUUAAUGAUGAUAUGCAACGUGAAUGUGGGCAGAAUGCUGAAUGGAAAAAAAUUCAACAAAAUACAUUUACACGAUGGGCAAAUGAACGUUUAAAAUUAGUUCAACGACAUAUUGAUAAUUUACAAACAGAUCUUAGUGAUGGUUUAAAUUUAAUAGCAUUAAUUGAAAUUUUAGUUAAUAAAAAAUUACCACGAUAUAAUCAUCGUCCACAAUUUCGUUCGCAAAAAUUAGAAAAUGUUUCUGUUGCACUUGAUUAUCUUGAAAAUAUUGAAAAACGACGUUUAGUUAAUAUCGAUGCAUCAGAUAUUGUUGAUGGAAAAAUAAAAUUAAUUCUCGGUCUUUUAUGGACACUUAUUUUACAUUAUUCGAUUAAUUUACCAGCGUGGGAAAUACCAAAUGAAAAACGGGAAACAAUUAAAAAUCUUAAACCAAAACAAAAAUUAAUGAAUUGGUUACAAGCAAAAUUACCAACACAGAUUAAUAUUGCAAAUUUUACUUCGGAUUGGAAUGAUGGAAGAGCUAUUGGAGCUGUACUUGAGUCAUGUUAUCCAGGUUUAUUUCCAAAUUGGGCUGAUCGAGAUCCGAAAAAUGCAUUAGAAAAUGCGAGAGAAGCGAUGGAUUUAGCUGAAAAAUGGCUUGGAAUUCCACAACUUAUUCAACCACAUGAAAUGGUAAAUCCACAAGUGGAUGAACAAUCAAUGAUGACUUAUUUAUCACAAUAUCCAAAUGCGCAAUUGAAGCAUGGUGCACCAGUUAAACCCAAAAAUUAUGCAAAUCAAGUUCGUUGCUAUGGUUUAGGACUCGAUCGAAUGGGACAUAUUGUUGAUAAACCAGUUAUAUUUCAUAUUGAAACAUGUGCAGCUGGUUUAGGUAAAGUUGAUGUUAUUGUUGUGAAUGCCAAUGGUCAAACAGAAGAGUGUACUGUGGAAUUUCGUGAAGAUACAAAUCGAACAUAUGAUUGUGUGUUUUAUCCAACUAUGCAAGGAGAAUACAAAAUUAUUAUUACAUUUAAUGAACAAGAAGUACCACAUUCACCAUUUACAAUUCAUGUUGAUUUAACAGAACCCAUACCUGAAAUAUUAAUCAAUGACGAUACUGAUUCGCCAGAUAAUGAAAUUACACCUUCAGAUGAUAAACAACCACUUUAUGAAAAUAUCAUUCAAACAAAUGCUAUCAUUUGUGAAAGACAAAGUGAUACAACUGAAAUAAAAAUAACAAAUUUAGAUGAAGAAGAAAAUGAUAUUAUUCUUGAAGAAGAAGAUCAUCUAUAUUAUGCCCGUCAAACAAAUAUUACAUCAAUUCAAGAUCAUCAACUUCGUCGACAGAUUUCCACACGUUCUAUAUCAGAUCCAACAUUGAAUAAACAUCCAUUUUUGUCUCCGAUCAAACCACCACGAACAUAUUGUCAUGAUGAACAAGACGAUGAAUUAGUUCAAUCACCAUUAGUUUAUAGUCUAACAGAUUAUCGUUUAAAACAAAAACGUCAUGAUGGUUAUGAACUUUCAACAACAAAUCGUCCGAAUUCAAUUGUAACUAGUUCAACAACAUUAAAUUCAACAACAUCAAUAUCAACUGAUGAUACUACACAUGAAAAUAAACGUUCAACAUCAAAAUGGUUAAUUAUUGAUGAAAUAAAUCGUUUAACAGAUUUAUCUAAACGAGAAACAUCGACAUUAACUCAAACAUCUCAUGCAUUAAAAUGUUGUUCAAAUGAUCCACAUGCUGCAUUAUCAGAUAAAAAAAUCGAAUGUGAACGUGUGAUUUUUAUGGCUCGACAAAAAUUAACAUCGUAUAAUAGUGAAAUAAAACGUUUGGAAAAUCUUGAUCCAGAUAGUGAAUAUUAUUCAUCGGAUAUUUCACAUAGUACAUUGAUUUUACAAGAUAUUCGUUUAGCAAUUAAAGAAGAUUAUUUAAAAUCAUUACGUAAAGGAAAAGAAACAAAAUUUUAUUUUUUUAUGUGUGCUGUUCAUUACCGUUCACAAACACUUUUUUCACAUAUGGUUUCAUCAUUUGAUGCUCUACAAUCAAAUGGACAAGUUAUUUUUUCGAAUCGAAUGAUUAUUCGAGAAGUUGAAAGCACUUUUGCUGCAACAAUUGGUGUCUAUUGCAUGGAAAUUACAAUGAAACAUGCAAUAACUGGACUUGAUCAUUCACCACUUGUUUGUCCUCAUCAUCAUGUUUCAAAUAUUAGUGAAUGUAUGCAAUGUGAUAAACAACGAUUAAAUACUUCUGUAUCAAUACCUGGUCAACAUUCAAAAACAAAUACAAUGAUUCGUGUAAGUAAUUUUAUUCAAGUUGAUGCUAUUACUAUUCGUAAAGAAGAUCUUAAAUCACAAGAAUUUAUGCUUUCAAUUUCAUCGGCAUCGAUUCCACUUAAAAAUAAAUUAUAUGUUAAAUUACAACGUUUAUCUGAAUUGAAAAUUCGUAAAGCUGGUUAUAUGACAAUCUAUUGUGAUAUUCAUGGAUCAGGUGUAUGGAUUCGACGAUGGUUUACUUUGACUAAUGAACAAAAUCUUCGAUAUUGGCCAUCACCAGAAGAUGAAGAAGCGAAUGUGCCACCAACAGGUGAAAUUGAUUUACAUUAUUGUAUUGAUCAAACAGUUAAUGUUUUACAACGAGAAACAUGUGCUCGACCACAUACAUUUGAAUUACGUAUUGCUAUGCCUGCCAAAAAAGCUACUGAUCAUGGAUUUAUUGAAUAUGAACAAAAUGAAGAAUACUCAAGUAGUUCUAUCAUAGCACAACCAUUUGGUAAACGAACAUUAUUUCGAUAUUGGUUAAGUGCUGAUUCGAAAGAAGAUCGUAAUGAUUGGUGUAGUAUACUUAAUCGAAAUUUAGCUGAUUUACGUGAAUGGGAAAUGAAUACAUAA